GGCGGAAGUGGGGCGUUUGGGGGUUCUCUUUCAUCUCAGGCGCUUCCCUGGGCAGGAUGGAGGCGUCUGGCGCUCUCAGCGUGGAGGCCUUGCGGGAGCGGCUGCUCCAGGGGCUCGAGGCCGAGCACGUGGUAAGCGAGGCAGCCCCCCAGGGAUCUUUGACCCGCCCCUCUUUCUCUGAAAAAGAAGCCGCCGCUUCCUUUGUUGGAAGAGCCAGUCUGUCUCCUUUCCCUGCGUGGCUCCUGGACGCACUUUAUUCUCUCCCAGCGCCAGCCUGGUCCGGGUUUGCUCGGAAGGAAGGGCUGCUGUGUUUAGUGAGCUUACUCCGAGGAAAGUGUGCACAGAAAUAUAGCCUCACACUAGUUAGCUGUCAGCUGCAAAUCUUGGCAAUUAAAAUAUUGGGAGGAGUGCAAGGAGAGAGAUAAGUAAUGCAUCUGAUAGAUAUUAAAUUUUGUCUAAAAUGAGAUCAAACCAGAACGACUAUCACCUAUACUCUAGGACCCGUGGGACACCUUUUAGCCUUGUCAUAAGCAUUGUCUGCUAUUCCUAAGUGCUUUCCACUGAGCUUGCUGGGGUUUGCUUUCUAUAAGUGUACCUAGGAUUGCACCCUUGACCAACUUUGGGUGGUUCUGUAGUAAGAUUAAGAGAAGUGGGUGUACCCUUCUUAGUAAGGAGUGGACCAUCACUGUUUCUGUUGCACACCUUGGUACGCAUUAUGCACACACCUUGGUACUUGGCUUGCUUUGUAUUUUCACGACAUGCAGGUACCUUACCCUGAAAUGAAUUUGCAAGGGGAGGGGUGGCCUGCAUUGACUCCUCUUCUAAACUCUGUAUCAAUCAACCUUUUCCUCAUCCAAUUACACAAGGAAGUGGAAGACACAACCCCUGGACGCUGUGCCACAAGCUUCAAAGUCCUGGUAGUUUCCCCACGAUUCCGAGGAAAAGCCCUGUUGCAGCGGCAUCGGUAAGUAGGAAGAGGAUGAGUUAGCAUAGCUAGGGGGACUCUCUUCUCCUCUCACUGGUUGGCAGUGUCUCUUUAAAGACUCAGAUUCUUGAGUCAAAAUACUCCCAAAUAAAGUAUUCUUUGUAUCUCUCACCCGCUCUUGUCAGUGCUACAGCUUCAUGUGCCGUUCCUUACCCAGCAACUUCUCCCUUCCAUGAUUGUUUCAUUCUUGCAUUUACUUACAUUUCUAUCCCACCUUUGCUACAGGGACCUCAAGGUGGAUCACAUGCCCCUUGCCUGAUUUUACUUUCACAACAACCAUGUGAAGGAGGGUUAGGCUGAGAGUGACUGGCCCAAGGUCAUUCCGUGAGCUUCAUGGCACAGCAGAUUUUUGAAUCUGGGUCUUCUCCUAGUCCAAUGAUGGCCAAACAUGGCCCUCCAGCUGUUUUUGACUACAACUCCCAUCAUCCCUAGCUAACAGAACUAGUGGUCAGGGAUGAUGGGAAUUGUAGUCCCAAAACAACUGGAGGGCCAAGUUUAGCCAUCACUGUCCUAGUCCAACACUCUUAGCUCUUACACCAGGCUCAUUACACCCUUGCCUAUAUCACUUAACACACUGCACUUUAACAAAAUUCCAUUGCGUUCACAAUGAAUUGUGUAUAUCUCAAAAACACACUCACUGACAUUUUCCGUAUCCUUGGAAUUUAUUAAAUUGAUUUUCUGAUUUUUCAUUCAUGUGAUCAAAGUGGCUAAAUCAGAGCUGCCUAAGGUUUAAUUACGUUAAACCAAAUAGCACUUUAUAAAUAUGCAAGACUCAGGAAAUGUUUUACAAACUUUGUCCAUAAAAACAUGGUCAGUGAUUAUUUUCUGGAAAACUUGGAAUCAAUAAAAUGCCUUAAGUAGAGGGGGCUCUUAUCUGGAGUUAGCCAUUUGAGUUGUAUUUAAUAAACAAAACUAAAUAUGCAUGUCAUGUUAGGCUUACAUGUGGUAUAAUUUUCUCUUCCAAAAGCACUUCAAUGAUUGUAUGUAUUAUUGAUUCCCCCCCCCCCCCAGUGUUACUUGAAUGUUUUAUUCAAACAGACUGAAAGCUUUACUUGGAAAUUUUAUUUAUUGGAGUACUUGCAAAUGUUCAGACAUAACAAUUCAAUAGCAUAGACUUCCCUUACAUUGUUUAAAUUUUAGGGAUGGGGGAAAUGAAGGCACUGAAAACUAACAUACUAACAGCCCAAAGUGCUGCGUAUUAGAUACAGAUGUUUCAUUGUAUAGUGGUAUGAAAAAGUUAAUUACGACUUUGAAGCCAACCAAUUUGACUGGUAUUGUACGGAUUCCCCACACUACUAAUCACAUCUGCAGCCAUUCAUUUUUGGAAAUGUCAAAAAUUUUCACAGAGAAGAGUGGUGAAACAGUUUCCACACCACACCAUUGACUUCUUGAAUUAAUUGGUUUGAUUGUGUGCGUUAGAAGUUGUUGCUGGUAGCUAAAAAUGGCCAGAGUGGUAAUUUAAAAACUUACAUGACUAAGAUGCAGUCUAGAAGCAAGAAUGCCCUUGGAUUUUUGCCUAUUUCCAUCUCCUCUCCCCACCUUCCCUAGGCUGGUCAAUGAAGUCUUAGUGGAGGAGUUGAAGCACAUUCACGCCUUUGAGCAGAGAACGCUAACGCCAGAGCAGUGGGCGAAAGAACAAGAAGCUAAGUGAGAGAGGAGCUCCUCUGCCCUGGGAAAGAAGGCGGCGGCAGCCCAGAGACCAAAACAAACCCCCAAGGGAAUGGGAGAGGCAGCUGUGGAGCAAACAUAUGCAGGUGUGGGACCCACCCUGGUCUCUCCAGUGGGAAUACUAGGAGGACUUGGAAGAGCAUGUAGCAGAAAAUAAAAUGUAAAACCAG